GCUCGGUCCGGUGAGUCGUCAAUUCCUGCUGGCCUACUGCCGUUAACAUUGUUAUUAAUCAUACGCGCGUUUAUGAUAUGAUAUGUUCUCUACGCGCCAUCCACCGACGGUUAUUGAUGUAAUAUAAAUUAUAAUAUAUUAUCAGUUAUCACCUAUAAUAUAACAACGGAUCGUGUAAUAUAUUAUUAUACAUUUUCUAUAAUAUAACCAUCCUGUCUUCGAUCGAGAUUUCGGUGGACAGUAUUCGCUGCAGUGCGUCGGGCCACACUCAAAACGGUUACCCGUAAACAUAAUUGUGAUUAUUAUUAUUAUUGUAUAAUAUAGAUAUCUCUUGUGCGCCGAUGAUCUAUCUUCCCGAGUUAUAUAAUAUCGAUCGUUAUCGAUCGCUAUCAUCGUCACCGCCGUAUACCGUCGUAGUACCCUGCGAAUCCUGUCUCGUUCGGUGAAGACGAGGUGCAGCAGAUUACGUCGAACGACCGACGAAAAAAAAUAGAUUCACGGAGACUUUAACGCACGUGAGUCGUCACCAUGAAGAACUUGUUCAGCAUGAUUGGUUUGUCGUACGCGUCUUCCAAAGGCGACGGCCGGCGAUCCAGCUACAACGACGCCCGGCGGGCCAGCUAUAGCGCCGUGCCCGCUGACCACAGGAGGCGUUCGUCGGCGGCCCGGCGUCAGAGUUAUGGGGCCAACAGACGAAAGAGCUUGGACCCGGCUGCGGUGCUUGGCCGGCACCUGUUCGACGGCCGCCUCACCGAUCCUCGGACAAGACUUACAUGUUUGAUAUCGUUGAUGCUAAUUGGUUUUUCUGCGCUCGUUCUGGGUACGCUAAUCGCCGUGUUGGAUCCAUUUCAAUUAAUACUCAAAUGGAAACUCUUAAUGGUCGAAGGUGACGAGACGUUCGAGAUGUGGAAAACACCAACAGCAGCCGUUUACUUAAAGGUAUACAUAUUCAACAUAACGAACCAUGAAGAUUUCUUGUCUGGGAGAGACGAAAAACUGCGGUUUCAAGAAGUCGGACCAUAUGUUUACAGGGAAAAUUCGUCACACGAAAACGUAACGUUUAAUACUAACGAUACGCUGACGAUGACGCCUGUAUUUCCGUUGACAUGGGUGCCGGAACUGAAUGCUGGAAGAGAAGACGACGUGUUGAUGUUACCAAAUAUUGCCCUCCUGAGUUUUGCCAGUAUUAUGUCAGAUGCUUCUUUGAUCACCAGGAUGGGUGUCAAUCUACUUAUUCGGCAAACGAAAUCCAAACCAUUUAUCAGACAAACAGCUAAGGAGUUCAUGUUUGGUUACGAAAGUCCAUUAGUGACUAUAGGCAACAAGUUCUUGCCGUCCUGGAUCGCGUUUGACAAGCUGGGCCUUAUAGACAGAAUGUACGACUUCACCGGCGACAGUGCAACGAUUUACACAGGAUCAGGAGACGUGUCUAAGUCCGGGACCAUUGAGAACUACAACAAUAGGCCAUAUCUGCCGCAAUGGCCAGCGGCCCCUUGCAAUAAAGUUAUGGGUGCUUCGGAUGGUACUAAGUUUCCAUCAGUAUCAGACGACGGUACACAACUUAUGUUCUUCAGGAAGUCUCUCUGCAGGGCAAUUCCGAUGGUAAAAAAUAGUGAACUGUUUUUGCACAACGGCUUGGAAGUAAAUAAGUAUAUUUUCGAAAACGGAUCAUUGGACAACGGUGCCGACAACCCGGCUAAUAAGUGUUUUUGCCGUAAAAACAAAUGUUUGAAACCAGGACUGAUUGAUGUCACCGACUGUUACUAUGGUUUUCCUAUCGCAUUGUCUUACCCUCACUUUUACAAGUCCGACCAAUCGAUAUUAGACGCCAUCGAAGGAAUGACUCCUGAUCAAAAACAGCACGAAACCUACUUUCUCAUCAACCCGGAAACGGGUAUGCCCACACAACUGUACGUCAGAAUGCAAAUUAACAUUGCUCUAGGUGACAUAUCGAACAUGGCAAACACAGACUAUUGUAGCAACUUGGUUAUACCAUUAGUUUGGACUGAGAUUGGAUUCGAAAAGCUGCCCGAUGACAUGCUGAACAAGUUCUUCGUGUACCUUCGGGUCGGGCCGGUCGUGUUCGUCGGGCUCAAGUACACGCUGCUGGUCGGCGGCGUGGCGUUCGUCGCGCUCACCAUUUUCGCGUCACUGUUCAUACCCGUCGACGACGAGCUGAGGUACCGUAACUCGUCGGCGUGGCGCCGCGAGAGCCAGACGCUGACCACGCGGGACACGGCGCCGACGAUACGCGUGCCGAUACCCGCGGCCAUCGUGGCCGGCAAAGAGAUGAACACGUACUACAACUCCCUGCUGGACGAGGACGGCGCGGCCGCGGCCCGGCUCAACGACGACCUCUGCGACAGGCUGGACGUGGUGCACGAGGUGAGGUCGCUCAGGAGCAGUUGCACCGGGUCGGAGGAGGACGACGACGACGAAGACGACCGAAUCGUCUGACCGACCGGACGACGGCACACGAGAAAUAUUGUUAUUUAUAAUACGACCCGAUGACGCAACAGCAUUUUGUCGCCUCGACAUAUUAUAUAAUAUUAUUAUUUACAUUUAUUAUAUCAUAAUGUUAUUAAUAUCAUCGAGCUGUACGAUAUGCAUAUAUAUAUGUAUAUAUAUUUAUUUAUAUUAUGUACCUGCGCACAUUAUGUAUUUGUGUAAUGUGUAUAUAACAUUUAAUCUCAAAGCCAUUCGAAGAGAAAAAUCAAAAAAUUCGAUUUAACUUUUGUCCCAUCACGUUUCGACGAUUGCCAUUCCUCGUUUUUAAACCGUAAUGACAUUAUAUAUUAUUAUAUAUUAUUAUAUAUACGUACGUCGUGUUUAUUCAUAAAUGUAUGAUACAAUAUAAUAUGGUAAUAUAUUACUAUAUAAUAUUAUAUCGAUGCAAAAAUGUGAUAACCUAGACCUAAGUUAUUAAAAUGUUAUUUUUAUAUUAUAUUUUAUUUUAAAUUAUAUAUAAUAUUAUACACUGUUUACGCACUUUUCGGUGUCGGCCCGAAUGCGAUCGGUAUAAUAUAUUAUACGCGUGUUUGUGGUCGAUCGUACAUUUCUUUGAAUCACCCGGAUAAAAAAUUAUACGACCGUUGUUUUUUUUUUUUUUAUCUCUCCGGUGCGCUUACAAGCCCAAAUAAAGCGUCUCUCGGAAAUCCUAUGGAUAUAUUAUGUUUAUUUUUUUUUUUUUUUUUAGGCAUUGGCCAUUGACUUUCAUAAUAUUAACGAGGAAAUUG